UUGCCGGAGCGGGCCGGGGGGCGGUGGUGAGCCUUCCGGUGGCGAGUUCCGCACCCUCUCUUCCUCCGGUCCAGGGGGUCGCAGCCGAGCGGGGUCUUCCCCCCCGGCACCAUGAGCGGCGGCGGAGGUGGCGGUGGGCGGGUAUGCGACCUGUCUCGGCGCAACCCUCAGGAGGACUUCGAGCUCAUCCAGCGCAUCGGCAGCGGCACCUACGGCGACGUUUACAAGGCUCGAAAUGUCAACACAAGUGAGCUAGCAGCAAUAAAAGUAAUAAAACUAGAACCAGGAGAAGAUUUUGCUGUUGUGCAGCAGGAAAUCAUUAUGAUGAAAGACUGUAAACAUCCGAACAUUGUUGCUUAUUUUGGCAGCUAUCUCAGGCGAGACAAGCUAUGGAUUUGCAUGGAGUUCUGUGGAGGUGGCUCUCUACAGGAUAUUUAUCAUGUGACUGGACCACUGUCAGAACAGCAAAUUGCUUAUGUUAGCAGAGAAACGUUACAGGGCCUAUAUUAUCUUCACAGUAAAGGAAAGAUGCACAGAGAUAUCAAGGGAGCAAACAUUCUUUUAACGGAUAAUGGACAUGUAAAACUAGCUGACUUUGGGGUAUCUGCACAGAUAACUGCUACAAUUGCCAAAAGGAAGUCAUUCAUUGGCACCCCAUAUUGGAUGGCUCCUGAAGUUGCUGCAGUAGAAAGAAAAGGUGGCUAUAACCAACUGUGUGAUCUGUGGGCAGUUGGGAUAACUGCUAUCGAGCUUGCUGAACUUCAGCCUCCAAUGUUUGACCUACACCCAAUGAGAGCACUUUUCCUGAUGACAAAAAGCAACUUCCAGCCUCCUAAAUUAAAGGACAAAAUGAAAUGGUCUAAUAGUUUCCAUCAUUUUGUGAAAAUGGCACUUACAAAAAAUCCUAAGAAAAGGCCUACAGCUGAAAAGUUAUUACAGCAUCCCUUUGUAACCCAGCCAUUAAGUCGAAGUCUUGCAAUUGAGCUUUUGGAUAAAAUGAAUAACCCUGAUCAUUCCACCUACCAUGAUUUUGAUGAUGAUGACCCUGAGCCUCUUGUGGUGCCUCAUAGAAUUCAUUCAACAAGCAGAAAUGUGCGAGAAGAAAAGACACGCUCUGAAAUAAACUUUGGUCAAGUCAAAUUUGAUCCACCCUUGAGGAAAGAGACAGAGCCACAUCAUGAAUUUCCUGACAGUAGCGAUUUUUUGGACAAUUCAGAAGAAAUAUACUACACUGCAAGAUCUAACCUGGACCUACAGCUAGAAUAUGGUCACGGUCCUCAGUGCGGCUACUUGUUGGGUACAAAUAAGAGUCUCUUAAAAUCAGUUGAAGAAGAACUGCAUCAGAGGGGACAUGUGGCACAUCUAGAAGAUGAUGAUGAUGCAGAUGAUGAUGCUAAACAUGUUACUAUGAAACCUAAAGUGCCACCUCCUUUACCUCCAAAGCCUAAAUCCAUCUUCAUCCCCCAAGAACCUCAUUCUUCUGAAAAUGAUAAUCAAGGGACAAUCAAAAGAUGCCCAACGUCAGAGAGCCCAGCAAAAUCUGCAUCUCAGGUUCCACCAAGACCACCACCUCCUCGGUUACCUCCACAGAAACCUAACUCUUUAGGUAAUGGAGUCACUACUUCUGUGCAAUUAAACGGUGAAAGAGAGGGAUCACCUCAUCAGCAGAGUGAAGCCAGAGACACUAACUUCUCAAGGAGAGAAAAGAAGGAAAUGCUGAAACCAGUUAGCAAUGGCCUUCCUCCCACACCUAAAGUACACAUGGGUGCUUGCUUUUCAAAGGUUUUCAAUGGCUGCCCAUUAAAAAUCCAUUGUGCAACAUCCUGGAUAAAUCCAGAUACAAGAGAUCAGUACUUGAUAUUUGGUGCAGAAGAAGGUAUUUAUACACUGAACCUCAACGAGCUUCAUGAGACAUCAAUGGAGCAGCUGUUUCCUCGAAGGUGUACCUGGUUAUAUGUGAUGAACAAUUGCUUGUUGUCAAUAUCUGGUAAAGCUUCCCAGCUUUAUUCCCACAAUCUCCCAGGACUCUUUGAUUAUGCAAGGCAAAUGCAAAAGUUACCUGUUGCUAUUCCAGCACAUAAACUCCCUGACAGAAUACUUCCCAGGAAGUUUGCAGUGUCUACAAAAAUUCCUGACACUAAAUGGUGUCAGAAGUGUUGUGUUGUGAGGAAUCCCUACACGGGCCACAAGUACCUUUGUGGAGCACUACAGUCUAGCAUUGUUUUGUUGGAAUGGGUUGAACCAAUGCAAAAAUUUAUGUUAAUCAAGCACAUAGAUUUCCCUGUACCUUGCCCACUGAGGCUGUUUGAAAUGCUGGUAGUCCCUGAACAGGAAUUCCCCUUAGUUUGUGUUGGUGUCAGUAAAGGAAGAGACUUCAACCAGGUGGUGAAUUUCGAGACUGUCAACCCAAAUUCUACCUCUUCGUGGUUUACAGAAACAGACACUACAGAGACCAGCGUUGUCCAUGUAACACAGCUGGAGAGAGAUACCAUUCUGGUGUGCUUGGACUGCUGCAUAAAGAUUGUCAAUCUGCAAGGCAGGUUAAAAUCCAGCCGCAAGCUCUCCUCGGAGCUGACGUUUGACUUUCAGAUUGAGUCCAUAGUCUGUCUACAAGACAGUGUGUUGGCCUUCUGGAAGCACGGCAUGCAGGGAAGGAGUUUCCGUUCAAAUGAGAUCACACAAGAGAUUUCUGAUAACACCAGGAUAUUCAGGCUCCUGGGAUCUGACAGGGUUGUCGUGCUGGAGAGCAGGCCAACAGAUAACCCAACAGCCAACAGCAACCUCUACAUCCUGGCAGGGCAUGAGAACAGUUACUGAGGGGAGCAUCUGGCCAGCAGCUCACUGGGACAGGAGCCCACUCCUGGCUGGGAUGGUGAAAAAGCUGCAGUAACUCCCACUUGAGCUACUUUAUAAUGGAUUGUGGCACGAGAGGAAGCCAAGAAUCCUUUGUGGCAUGGACACACGAGCACCAGGAUCCCAGGGCAGAGCUUCAUUGACUGUUAUGUAAUCUCUGUACAUAGUGCUCUCAGUGAAGCUUCCCGCUGAAGCCCUCCACUGACUGUCGGUAAAUAGCUGCCCUCCUGGUGAGUACAGGUGCCACCUGUACAGCUGGAAAAGCCACCUAGGAAGCAAGACAAAAAGCAGCUGGGGUACUAUUUCAAGGACUUCCUCACGUGUUCACCAUGAACUGGGAUGCUAGCAACAAACACAGACCAUUUAACACCAUCCUUGUGUUUUCUGCUAUGUGAUUUACUAAUGCAAAGGCAUCUUAACGUUUUAGAGAGUGUAACAAGCAAGGCUGUGAGCAGACUGCCAGCCUUGUUUGACUUUUGAUGCAGCACACUGGGUGUUCCUGUUUGCACAACGUCUUGAGAUGUGAUGUCUUUAGUCACAAAGGUAAGCUGUGACUGUGUGGAUAUCCCUUGGGCUUCAGAGCUCCUUUAUUCGGUUGGUUUGGUUGUUUUGUUUUGUUUUGAGUUCAUUUGGGUAGUUUUCCAGGUGAAACCAACCAGCUAAACACACCUGUGUUUUGAUAUUGAACCAGAACUCCUCACAGUUACUUCUGUAUGCUUGAAAACAAUCCUUGCUGGCUGGGUGUCAGUCCCAGACCAGUGGUACCUGGCUGUAACACUGCGGUAGGUGUUUGAAUUGUUAGUGUAGACAGUGAUAGCAAUUUGCAGCGCUGUUCAUCUGCCUAAACACUUCCACAUCACAAAGAAAAGGAGCAGCAUUCCACAUGGUGGGAAUGGCUCGGAGAUGUUGCCAUUUUGACUCUGGGGUUUUUUUCUGUUUCCUUUUGGCCUUAUCAUGAUUUUCACACUUUUAUUGUUUCCUUUCUGUCUUGAUUUUUUUAGGAUGUUAACACAUGGCCAAAAUAAUUUAGUUACUACCUCAUUCAAACAGUACAAUGGUUACUACACAUCACAGGAGCUUAGUUUUGAUCAGAAGUAUUUUUGGAUGGCUGUUCUCCAAUGAAGUGUGUAAAAUGCCAAGGUUUAGCAAAAUGCACACAUUUGACUCUCUCUUUUUUUUUUGUAUAGGUUCUUUAUAUUUUAUUGUGAUAAUGCACACUAAAAACCAAACUACAGUGAUUUAUGGCCUGCAUUAUUGUUGUGAUUGGUGAUGCUUUUAAAUAUGGUCCCUGAUGUAUAUAAUGUAAAAUAAACUCUCUCUUUUUUUUUUUAA